GCCGCACCUGUGGCAUAUUCACGCACGCCACACGGGCCGCACAGCCCACCCGAAGACACAACACUGCGUCUUCCGCAAUCCGAGAGUAGGCACUCUCGAUAGAGCGGCCACCCCGCACCGCUGCGGCCUUGUUAGACGAGAUUUGACCACCGUUGCUGGAAGCUGCUCUGACUGGUUUUACGGUGUUCGCCCGCUAACCUAUUCGCUCGCCCGGCGCCUUACCGGCCCGCCAACCGCCGGCGCCCGCCGCACACGGCCGCGGGACGCCCUGUUUGUUUGACGAGCCGAUACGGCAGUUGAGCGCACCUCGGAGAUUCGGUGGGCGCCAUGGCGGCGCACGACCUCGCCACCGCUUUAUCAGCGACGACGCUGGACGAGGACGCCAAUCCUCUGAGAGCUUUGCCCGAAGGCGUCCUCGGCCUGAGCCUCGAAAAGCUCCACGCCCGCGACAUCGCAGCAUUACGAGAAUCGGCCAAGGACGUCAUCACCGCGAAUGACGUCCCGUUGCUAUGUAGACAAAUCGGCGGUUCAAGAUAUGACGGCGUCGUGCGAGCCCUAGCGCGAUCGAAGAUGACGUCUCCGUCCAAGAACCGGAGAACAACAACGGAGACGAGGAACGAUGCCGGCGAGGCCCUCGCUUCGUUGAGGGUCGCGGAGCUCGAGAAAAUAGCCGACGGCUGUGCGACGGCGACGGAGCCACGAGAUGAUGACGUUGUGAGGGGUUAUUGGCUCUCGAAGAACUGGGCGCAACACUUGAGGAGGUACUACGAGCAGUCGCGGGCGAAGCUGCUGUCUCCUUCCCAGAAAGGCACGCCCCAGCGACGAAGAUCGAGGAGCAACUCGGGCGAGGCCCUCCCGCCGUGGCCCGAUGCGAACGCGGAGAUUUUGUGCGAGCACGGCUUCCUGUGUCCGCGCGCGUGUGCUCGUCCUGGUAGCAAGCGGGUGUUGGUCUCUAGAGAGACGUGGCGCGCCAUCCAGGGGCGGUUUCCGCUCUCGACGAAAUUCAAGGCGUCGACGGCGGCCGAGUGUCUCGAGUGUCUGCAGUGCGUGCAGGAUAGGAAGGAGGCCAGAGCUCUUGUUAAGCAGCAACAGGACGACGAGAGGCUCGAGCGUUUAAGGGAGGUCGACGAGUGCGCGGCGCACUGGUGGGCGAAGCCCAAGAAACCGCUCCAGGCGGCCUUGCAGCGCCGGAGCUCGCCUUCGUCACUGCUAAGGGGUCUACUGCCCAAGGAGCGCGCUCGGAAAGGCUUCCCGGGUGCAUCAGCACGCUUGAGCCCCGGCGCGUACCGCCUCGUGCCUCGAGCAUGGUUAAAAAAGUGGCGCCGGUCCUUAGCCGUGAGCGGCGCGGAACGACCGGGCCCGCCGACGACGUCGGACUGCCUCUGCCACGCGCACGGCUUACCAGUAAUCCCGGCGCACGUCACGGCGUGGUUAAGGGGAGAAUCAGCAGAUUUACUCCCCCACCACUCCCAGGCCACGGACUUCGACUGCGAGAUCGUUACCUUAGACGAGUGGCGGGCCAUCAACGCGCUCUUCCCGGUCGACUACGCGAUCGCCUUCGACGUCGAUGGAAACGGCGACGUGCGCUGGGCGACGGAGCCCUGCGCCCAGUGCGACGACGGGCGCCGCGGCGAGGCCUUCGACGUGACGUUCCGCGCGCGCGACUACAAGCGCAUGGGCCGCUGCCGGCCCGACCGCGGCGCGUGAACUCCUCCCCUCCUUGUGCAUACCUCGGCCGUCUAAUUUAACUGAACUGA